UUGGCUCGUGAUCCGAUCCUACGUUUCACUACACUAAUAAUUUUCAUCACAAUCUCUAAUGAAACCGAAGCAAGGCUAUAUCAUCACAACGACAAACAUAAUCCCAACCCAAAACCAGAGCCACCUUCUUCGUCCAUAUCUCAAUCUCAGCCUCCUUCUCUCUCUCAAAACCCUAACGACUCGUGGCAGUCUCCAUCGCCGUCCCAAGAUCCCGACCACGAAGUAGUCUACGACGUGAGAAACUACGGUGCGGUCGGUGACGGUUUAACAGACGACACUGAGUCGUUCAAGAAAGCUUGGGAUUCAGCUUGUACCAACGACAACGACAACAACACUGUCUCCGUCUUGCUUGUGCCUUACGGUUUCACUUUCAUGAUCCAUUCCACCAUUUUCACCGGUCCUUGUCGCUCUUACCAACACUUCCAAGUCGAUGGGACCAUCGUGCCACGGGAUGGACCAGAGUCGUGGCCAAGGGGUGUUAACAAAAGACAAUGGCUCGUCUUUUAUAGAAUCAAUGGAAUGGCUCUAGUAGGCGUUGGAGUUAUCGAUGGUCGUGGACAAAAAUGGUGGGAUCUUCCCUGCAAACCUCACCGGAAUGUCAACAAAACGACUGCAAUUGCUGGUCCAUGCGAAAGCCCCGCCGCUUUGAGGUUCUUCAUGAGCUCGAAUCUUAUUGUGAAAGGUGUGAGUAUAAAAAACAGUCCGCAGUUUCAUCUUAAAUUCGACGGAUGUCAUGAAGUUCACGUCAACUCCCUUCGAAUCACAUCUCCGCAGUUAAGUCCCAACACUGACGGCAUCCACCUUGAGAACUCCAACUCCGUUGAGAUUUACAACUCAGUUAUUUCCAACGGAGAUGAUUGUGUCUCAAUAGGAUCCGGAUCACACAAUAUUGAUAUAAGGAAUCUUACUUGUGGACCAGGCGGGCAUGGGAUUAGCAUUGGAAGUCUAGGCAACCAAAACUCACGUGCGUGCGUCUCAAACGUUACGGUUAGAGAGUCAGUUAUAAAAUUUUCUGACAAUGGCGUACGUAUCAAGACAUGGCAAGGUGGGUCUGGGUCAGUAUCUGGUGUAAUGUUCGACAAUAUCCAACUGGAUACUGUCCGAAAUCCGAUAAUCAUCGAUCAAUACUAUUGCACAGCUAAGAGUUGUGCUAACAAAACAUCAGCGGUUUUUGUGUAUGAUAUAAAAUAUCAAAGUAUAAAAGGUACAUAUGAUAUUCGUAGUCCUCCUAUCCAUUUUGGAUGCAGCAAUAAUGUCCCGUGUACAAAUUUAACACUUUCGGGUAUUGAAUUGCUGCCCUCGAAAGGCGAAAUCAUUGUGGAUCCAUUCUGUUGGAAUGCGUAUGGGAUGACAGAUGAGUUCUCUGUUCCUUCGAUCUCAUGUCUCAAAUCAGAUCCUUCGACGUUAUUGUUAGGUGGUCUUAUAGGAAAAUGUGGGAUACCGUGA